AGUCGUCCUUUUGACUCUCAAGUCUAACAUUUACUAACCUACUGAAACCAAUAUUUUAAUGUCAACCAAGCAGGAGAGCAGCAGUUUUUCUGCAGCAAAUCUUUCUGAUACUGUUUAGGUGCUUAGGCUUCAGUUGCAAUGCAUUCAAUGAGAAAUGGGAUGCUGGUUUUCUCACUCUUCCUCUUUUGGACUGCCCGAGUCAGUGUCUCCACUAGUCUUCUUUCCCCAAAGGGUGUUAAUUAUGAAGUGGCUGCAUUGAUGUCUAUAAAGGGUAAAAUGAGAGAUGAUAAUCAUGUCUUAGAUGGAUGGGAUAUUAACUCUGUUGACCCUUGUACUUGGAAUAUGGUUGGUUGCUCUCCAGAAGGCUUUGUUGUGUCUCUUGAAAUGGUUAGUGUGGGAUUAUCAGGUACACUUUCACCAAGUAUUGGAAACUUAAGUCACCUUCAAACAAUGUUAUUGCAGAAUAAUCAUUUAUCAGGAUAUAUACCUGCUGAGAUUGGAAAGCUUUCAGAAUUGCAGACCCUUGACUUGUCUGCAAACCAGUUUGUUGGGGAUAUUCCGAGCUCUUUAGGUUACCUGACUCGUCUAAGUUACUUGAGGCUUAGUAGAAACAAAUUGUCUGGACAAAUUCCUAAACCUGUGGCUGACCUUACAGGGCUUACAUUCUUGGAUUUAUCAUUCAAUAACCUAAGUGGCCCUACACCAAAAAUACUGGCCAAAGACUACAGUGUUGCUGGAAACAGCUUCCUUUGCUCUGCAGUUUCUGCUGAAAUUUGCAUGGGUGUACCAAAACCAGUAAAUGAUAGCAGUCCAUAUAGGAAAGUUAGCAAUCACCACCGAUGGAUUGUAUCUAUCAUCAUAGGUGUCAGUUGCACUUUUGUAGUUUCAGUGAUGAUUCUUCUUUGUUGGGUGCAUUGGUACAGAUCUCGCUUUCUGCUUAUGUCAUAUGUGCAGCAAGAUUUUGAGUUUGAUAUUGGUCACCUGAAAAGAUUUACAUUCCGUGAACUACAAAUUGCAACAAACAAUUUCAGUUCCAAAAACAUACUCGGUCAAGGUGGAUUUGGAGUUGUCUAUAAAGGAUAUCUCCCAAAUAGGACAGUCGUGGCAGUCAAAAGAUUGCGAGAUCCUAAUUUCACGGGGGAGGUACAGUUUCAAACUGAAGUUGAGAUGAUCGGUCUUGCUGUACACCGGAACCUUCUUCGGUUAUAUGGCUUCUGCAUGACAACUGAGGAGAGGUUGCUUGUUUAUCCUUACAUGCCAAAUGGGAGUGUUGCAGAUAGAUUAAGAGACACAGGUCAGGAGAAUCCAUCCUUAGAUUGGAGUAAACGCAUACACAUUGCUCUUGGAGCUGCUCGUGGCCUUGUAUAUUUACACGAACAGUGUAACCCAAAAAUAAUCCACAGGGAUGUCAAAGCAGCAAAUAUUUUGCUUGACGAAUAUUUUGAAGCAGUUGUAGGGGAUUUUGGUCUCGCUAAGCUAUUGGACAGGAGGGAAUCACACGUCACAACUGCAGUCAGGGGUACCGUUGGGCAUAUUGCUCCUGAGUACCUUUCAACUGGACAAUCUUCUGAGAAAACUGAUGUGUUUGGUUUUGGCAUACUGAUUUUGGAGCUGAUAACGGGUCAAAAAGCAUUAGCUGCUGGACACGGUCAUCAUCAGAAAGGAAUGAUUCUUGACUCGGUUAGAGCUUUACACCAGGAGAAGCGACUAGAGGUGCUUGUGGAUAGGGAUCUGAAGAAAUGCUUUAAUGCCGAGGAGCUAGAAAAAGUAGUGGAAGUUUCAUUGCAAUGCACAGAAUCUAACCCCAGCCUUCGUCCCAAGAUGUCCGAGGUCUUGAGGAUCCUGGAAACCAUUGCUGGACAGUCGGCUCAUGUGGAAGAAACACAAGACAGAGAGAAUCAAUGUGAAGGAAGAAGUUUCAGUUUCACACGAAGUUUAAUUGAGGUCCAUGAAGAAUCCUCAUUUAUAAUAGAAGCAAUGGAGCUUUCUGGACCACGGUAACCAAACCAUCUCAAUCUGCCUAAAGAUUUUCCUACACGAUGGUAAUUCAAUCUGUAGUGACAGUAGCACGUUAGGAUUUAGGUUUAGUUGUACACAGAAAUGCAGGUUAGACAUAUCUUAUUCCAAGUGUACAGAGUGAGACAAAAUUUUAUGUCCAUGAAAUUUUGGCUGCUGAGAAUGUCCCUGCAGUGAAUUUCUUUUCCAUUCAUGUAAACUGUAUCUUGACUACUUCUGUUAGUGAUUCUUAAUGGUAAA